AUGACGUUGACCGCUCUGGAGUCUUGUGCGUCCGUCAACAACUCCCAAGCAGGAUUAGCAGCCAUUCGACCUUUCGCAGCUCCCGUACAGCAUCCAGAAAUAAUUUUCAACUUUUUCCUGACCUACGUUAUCCCAGCCCAGUCUCCCUUGAGCAUGUCCCGCAGAGCAUCGACCAUGUCGAAUAAUUCAAAUGUCCCGCCUUCGAAUGAUGGAGGCCAGGAGAAGCAGAAGAUGUUACUAUCCGCUGACCAGGGCCACUUCAGCAUGGUGAAGGCACUCCACCUGGCCGAUCUGGUCACCGAGCUCAAUGGAUUCUGCGGAGUGAUGUCCGUCUUUUCCUCUAUGCGCUACUGUCUCGGAGAUCCCACCGACUAUUCAGCCUUAUGGGCUGCGCUCGCAUUCAUGCCAUUUGGUCUGUUCUUCGAUUUCAUGGAUGGGAGGAUCGCGAGAUGGCGCAAGAAGUCAUCGCUCAUGGGCCAGGAACUUGAUUCCCUUGCCGAUCUGAUCUCUUUCGGUCUCGCUCCCGCCGCAGCUGCAUUCGCUCUCGGAAUCCGCUCGAACGUUGACCACCUCAUCCUCGCCUUUUUCGUACUGUGUGGACUGACCCGCCUGGCUCGUUUCAAUGUGACCGUGGCUGUCCUUCCCAAGGAUAAGAGUGGCAAGUCGAAGUAUUUUGAGGGCACCCCGAUCCCGACUACUCUCAGUAUCGCAGGCUUGAUGGCUUACUGGGUCUCCCAGAGCUGGACUCAUGAGAACAUUCCUUUCGGUGUUAUCGCUGAAGGUUCAGCAUUGGAGUUCCACCCAAUCGCUCUCCUGUUUGCUCUGCACGGCUGCCUCAUGGUCAGCAAGAGUAUACACAUUCCGAAGCCUUAG